AUGGCCUUCGCCUCGUCGCUAGUGGCGCCGCUGCCCCCGCCGCCUCCUGCCGCGAGGGCGGGGUGGAGGCGCGCGAGGGCGGCCCCUCGGCGGCUCGUCCUGGCGGCAUCCAGCCGAGGCGGCGGCUCGGCCCCGGCCCCGGACCCGCCGACGUUCGACCGGCUGCGGGAGCAGCUCCUCCAACUCCACGCCGAAGCCGACCUCACCCAAUCCAAAGCAAAUAGUGCUCGGGUGAGGCUUGUGCGGUUGACCGAGGCCGCUGAGAAUCUUAAGAAGAGAGCCGUGGUCAGUGUUCGGAUGGGCAGAGAGAAUGAGGCAGUGGAAUUACUUGUGCAGAAGAAGAAGUUGACCAAUGCUUUGGAGAACAUAAAGGAGCGCAUUGAGCUGCUUGACAAGCUUUCCGCAAAGAUUAGUGAGGUUAUUUCGGUGAAGCAGAAUAUGUUAAUUGAACACGCGUUGCGUCCAGGGACGACUAAUGUUGAGGACUCCAAUGACCAUAUAAGGGUGUUCUCCGGUAAAAUUGAUGAUCGGGUGGAUGAGACUAGUGAUUCAAACUUGGCUGGCCACUCCAAGAGAAGUGAACUUCAGAUGGCUGAUAGCUUCACAUUCUCCAAGGAUCACGACCCAACAAACAUCAUGGAUGAUCAUUCUGCAUAUGAUGAUUUUGUGCAGCAUAUUGAUUCACAACUGAGUUCAUUACAAUGUGAAAUUGAUCACUACACCAGUUCCCAAUUAGCAAAAGAGUUGGACACUCAGCAGUCUAUAAAUGACAAGUUGCACAAAUUGUCAACCAUAUUGAAGCUUAUAACUGAAACUAGAGAAAGGAUUGCGAAGAUUUCGGAUAACACAGUAAGUGAGAGUGGAUCUGAUGGCUUGAGAUGA